UAGAGUUAUUGGUGCUAAGUAUAAGUAGAAGAAUUUAAGUACAAAAAUUAACAGGAUUUUGAUGUGUGCGAGACACAAAGGGCAGUUAAGUCUCUGCUGGAGUAUCGAUUCUGCUGUGACUAUGAAUUUGACGAAAGGUUUCAGGCCCACCCUAAAUCCAACCUUAACUCUCCCAAUAUUGGAGACUUUUUUGCUCCAAUGCCGAAACCUCAAGCAAUUCAACCAAAUACUUUCUCAAAUGAUCCUCACUGGGUUCCUCAGAGACACGUUUGCUGCAAGCAGACUGCUUAAGUUCUCUACAGAUUCACCCUUUAUUCACAUCAAUCACUCCCAUCAAAUCUUCACCCGCAUAGAGAACCCAAAUGGGUUCAUUUAUAACACCAUGAUGAGAGCUUAUGUUCAAAGAAAUGCUGCACAUAAUUCGCUGUGUAUAUAUAAAUUGAUGUUGCAAGAGACCGUUGAACCUGAUAAUUACACUUAUCCUAUUCUAGUUCAGUCUUGCUCUCUUAGACUAGAGGAGUUUGAAGGGAAACUGAUCCAUUGUCAUGUUUUGAAAAUGGGUUUUCAUUCAGAUGUUUAUGUGCAGAACACGUUGAUAAACAUGUAUGCGGUUUGUGGGAGCUUGAGCGAUGCGCGAAAAGUGUUUGACCAAAGUCCUGUUUUGGACUUAGUUUCUUGGAAUUCGAUCUUGGCUGGUUAUGUCUCGAUAGGGGAUGUGGAGGAGGCUAAGUAUGUUUACGAUAGGAUGCCGGAAAGGAACAUUAUUGCGUCAAAUUCGAUGAUUGUGUUGUAUGGUAAGAAAGGUAAUGUUGCUCUUGCUUAUAGGUUAUUCAGUGAAAUGCCUAAAAAAGAUAUGGUAUCGUGGAGCGCUUUGAUUUCUUGUUAUGAGCAAAAUCAAAUGCAUGAGCAGGCUUUGAUUAUGUUUCAGCAAAUGAAAGCUGAUAGAAUUAUGUUGGAUGAGGUUGUGGUAAUCAGUGUUCUUUCAGCAUGUGCUCACCUGUUGGUAGUUAGGACAGGGAAAUUGGUCCACAGUUUGGCUGCCAAAAUUGGAAUUGAAUCUUAUGUUAACCUUCAGAAUGCUUUGAUUCACAUGUAUUCAAGUUGUAGGGAGCUAGAGGCUGCCCAAAAGUUGUUUAACGAGGGUUGCUGCUUGGAUCAGGUUUCUUGGAAUUCUAUGAUCUCUGGGUACUUGAAAUGUAGGGAAGUCGAAAAGGCCAAGGCUUUAUUUGAUUCCAUGCCAGAGAAGGAUAUUGUGUCAUGGAGUGCAAUGAUAUCAGGUUAUGCUCAACAUGACAGAUUUGCUGAUACUUUGGAGUUGUUUCAGGAAAUGCAGCUUGUUGGAAUUAAGCCAGAUGAGACGACUUUGGUAAGUGUAAUAUCUGCUUGCACCCAUUUGGCUGCACUUGACCAAGGAAAAUGGAUCCAUGCUUAUAUAAGGAAAAACUGCCUGAAGAUCAAUGUCAUUCUGGGUACGACACUUAUAGACAUGUACAUGAAAUUUGGUUGUGUUGAAAAUGCUUUGGAAGUUUUCCAUGGGAUGGAGGAAAAAGGGGUUUCUACUUGGAAUGCUCUUAUUCUUGGUCUUGCAAUGAAUGGUUUAGUCAACAAGUCACUUGAUGCGUUUUCAGAGAUGAAGGAAUGCAGUGUGCUGCCUAAUGAGAUAACCUUUGUGGCUGUUCUUGGAGCUUGCAGACACAUGGGUUUAGUGGAUGAGGGGCGCCGGCAUUUUAGCUCCAUGAUUCAGGAGCACAAGAUAGAACCCAAUGUUAAGCAUUAUGGAUGCAUGGUUGAUCUUCUAGGACGUGCAGGUCUGCUUAAAGAAGCAGAGGACCUAAUUGAGAAUAUGCCUAUGGCACCAGAUGUUUCCACUUGGGGGGCACUGCUUGGGGCUUGUAAGAAAUAUGGUGAUAAUGAAAUGGGAGAGAGGGUUGGAAGGAAGCUUAUUGAACUUCAGCCUGCCCAUGAAGGGUUCCAUGUACUACUAUCCAAUAUAUAUGCUUCAAAAGGUAAUUGGGAUGGCGUUCUUGAGAUUAGAGGGAUGAUGAUACAACAUGGGUUGGUCAAGACCCCAGGAUGUAGCAUGAUUGAAGCAAAUGGAACAGUUCAUGAGUUCCUCGCUGGAGAUAAGACACACCCUCAAAUUAAAGAAAUUGAGAAUAUGCUGGUUGAAAUGGCUAAGAAAUUAAAGAUGGAAGGUUAUGCUCCAGAUACAAAUGUGGUUUCUCAAGACAUUGAUGAGGAGGAGAAGGAAACAUCUCUGUUUAGACAUAGUGAAAAGCUUGCAAUUGCCUUUGGGCUCAUUGCCAUUAACUCACCUACACCAAUAAGGAUAAUGAAGAAUUUGAGAAUAUGUAAUGAUUGUCACACAGCAGCAAAGCUAAUUUCUAGAGUUUUUAAUCGUGAAAUUGCUGUGAGGGAUCGCCAUCGCUUUCACCAUUUCAAGCAGGGUUCGUGUUCAUGCAUGGAUUAUUGGUAGGAGUUGCUUACAAAUCUAAACUCCUCAUUCAGAGCAUGUCCAGCCCUAUCAAUAGUGAAAUGCAUUUGUUUCACAGUAAGCUGCAAGCUUUAUAGCCUACAAAAGCAAGCCUUGUAGCAGGAGCAAACUAAUUGUUUAGUGAUUAUUUAUACUGCCUUUGCUUCUGAAAACUGGGAACAUGGUGUUUAUGAUUGUUUAAAGAAAAAGGCGAUUAUAAGGAUAAGACCUAAUCAAUGGUAGGAUUAUGUGAUGGAUAGACAAUACAGAUGACAGUAAAGAGGUCGAUGGACUGCAGUGGGCAUCAUACUAAGACUGAUUCAUUUUCAUGCUUUGCAAGAUGGUUCAAGCAAGGGUUUGUUUGAAACUUGGAGAGGAUUGAGCAUGAGUUUCGGGAGAAAACUUUUCUCUUACCGCACCUGAACAUGGUAUUGCAACAAUUGCUGCAACAUGGAGGCUUGAUGGGAUAACUUCUAAUCAAGAAAUGUAAGAAGCAUUAUAUGGCCCCUCUUCUUAGCUGCAUUAACUUAUGGCACAUAUGGUAAGCUUAAUUAUGCCUCUGUUCCUGUUGUAUUUUUCCAGAUGAAUAGCAUAGGAUGGAAAAUAAAAUUCAUUGGUGGUCUUCUCAUCUUCUUAUGAAAUAGCAUUCAGAGGAAAGUUCUUGCCUAAAAUAGUGUUCUUUUCUGUUUCUGCAAUUAUAUUGAAGAGAAAUUAACCCCAUUCCGAGGAUUUUUUGUUAACAUGUAAUGUAUCUUUGGACUAGGGUCAAUUUGCGAUCAAAGGGGCGAACAUAGAAAAACGUCAUGUGGGCUGAAUCACAACGAACUGAAAUUGAAACUGCCAUUGAAAUGAACUAGCCUUGGAUUAUUUUGAAGAGAAAUCGCCUAGAAUUAUCUGAUUUUUAUUCACCAUCUUUCUCAACCCUGAAUUGCCGGCUUUUUGGCCCAAUCGGUUGCCAAGUCUACCUUAUUUGAUAUCUAUGAUAUCUAUGAUGGAAUAGAGCAUCGGAGCUAUUAAAGCUGCAGCAUAUCUUGUGCUUCAUAAAAGCUGUAACCAAAAUAUGAAAUAUGCAUCUUCGUAUAUGCAAAUCCCAAAAGAAACAUUUUGUAAAUUGAUAAACUAACAUUUAAAUGGUUUGUUAUGAAAUAAAUUGAAGGAUAGGCCUGAUAUUAUGUUGAUAAAAUGUACCGAGUGUAACUCAAUCCGAAAACUAAUUUAGGAAGGUUGUCAAAUUCUUCUAUUGAAUAUUAAAUCUAUGUUCCAAACCAAUUCUCCAUUCCCUCACUCCACCUUCUGCCUUUUCUCCCUCUCCUUAAUUCUUUACCUUGCUCUCUCGCUUUGCUUCUUGCUCAAGUCCCUCUCUUGCUGGCUUUGAGGCCAUUCUCCUCUUUAUAUAACUCAAGGGUGCCAAAAAGGCAUCAUGGAGUCUCUCUCUAUACCCAUUCCUCAUCUUUCUAAGCCCUCAUUGUAUCAUGCUCAUCAUGUCAGCAUGUCAAAAUCCAGAAAAGAUCAUUCCCCAACUUUUAUCUCUUCAAAAAAGGAUUCUCAGAUUAACAAGUCCUAGUAGCUCCAAAGAAACAAGUCAUAAGAAAACCAUGCUGAAGAAGUUCUAGUCCAAAGGGAAGCAAGGAAUGCCUGUGAUUCUCGAGCCCAAGAAGGCAGUGAAAUCCACCGAAAGAUUGCAAAUUAUCCGUCUUGUACUUCACUUAUAAAUGCCAAGCUGGUCCAAGAUUGAGUUCUGUCAUGUUGCAGAUCUGGGCAGCACGACUGCAGCCAAAAGAGACAGCACUAGUGAUGAUAACGACAGAGAAAAUGUUGCGCAAACAAUUGGCAAGAUCACCCUCAAAGAAAAAUACGGAGGGAAAAUGAGUUUGAAAAGGGUUCUAAGAUCCCACUUCCUUAGGAGCUAAGGCAGCCCAUGUUAAUGACUUUAGGGCGCCAUUUGAUGUAUCCUAUUUGUUCAUAGGAUGUAAAGGUUGCAGCUUUCGUGGAAGUGAAAAGAUUAAUCGCAAGAGUUUCUGUUGCUUCGAAUCCCCAGGCAAUCUUGGCCACCCAAAGACCGCU